CUCUCUCUCUGUCAUCUUUCGACCUCGUCGGUGCAGCAGCACUCACUCCAAGAAUGCCUGGACAGCGGUCACCACCGGUAUGGUCCCCCGCCAACGUGACCCAAUGGGAGGCCCCCACGUUCGGGGCAGCAGCUCGCUUCCGUGUAGGCGCCACAGCUCUCCUGUUUGUCGUGGCCGCCACUGGCAACCUAGCGCUGAUGGCCAGUGUGUGCGGCGUGCGCAGCCGCCGUCAUUCGGCCUCUCGUCUGCGACCGCUCAUGGUCAGCCUGGCAUCGGCUGACCUGAUGAUGACUUUUGUGGUGAUGCCUCUGGAUGUAGUGUGGAAUGCCACGGUGCAGUGGUACGGGGGUGAUGCCUUGUGUAAGCUGCUCAGCUUCCUGAAACUGUUGGCCAUGUACGCUUCGGCCUCGGCGUUGGUGGUCAUCGGCCUGGACCGCCAUCGUGCCAUUGUGCGGCCGCUGCGUGCUCUAAGUGCUCGUUGGAGAAAUAGACGCAUGUUGGCGCUGGCCUGGAGCCUCAGUCUGCUGCUUGCUGCGCCACAGCUGUUUGUGUUUGGCGCGGUGGAGGCGGGCGAGGUGGGCGAUGACUUCACUCAGUGUGCAACGCACGCCACUUUCAGCGUCCGUUGGCAGGAAACUCUCUACAACAUGUUCCACUUCAGCACCUUGUACGCGAUCCCCCUGCUGGUGAUGAGUUGCUGCUAUGGCCACAUCAUGCUUCAUAUCAACAACACGCACAUGAGGGACAAAGGUAAACUGCGUCGCAGCAGCAGCGACGGGAUCUCCAAGGCCAGGAUGAACACGCUGAAGAUGACCGUGGUCAUCGUGCUGUCCUUUGUGGUGUGCUGGACGCCAUACUACCUGCUGGGGGUGUGGUACUGGUUCCAGCCCGAAGUGGUCGACUUCACGCCCGAAUACAUCCACCACAGUCUCUUCCUCUUCGGGAACCUCAACACCUGCUGUGACCCGCUCAUCUACGGCUUCUACACACCCUCCUUCAGGGCUGACCUGGCUGCCUGCUGCCGCGCUGACCGGCGGGAACCGGCUGCCGCCGACUUCACGCUCCCCGUCCCCCACGCCCAGAAUGAAGGGGAAGGACAAAGAAGGCUGCCGAGUUCUCAUAUCCACAAGGGCGGGGAGGGAACUCAUCCUGGCGCUCCACCGACAACUUAUGGAGAACGCCAAGCGUGACCACGUAUAUUAAGAAGCCUGAAGAUCACAAGAUGGACAACAGGAAGAGGCCUGGGGUUUUCCUUCCUGCAAGUGUCCUCUAGCUGCCACCAUGAUAAACCAUCUGUAAUGUGUUUUUUUUCAUGUGCAAAAUGGCAAUCUAUAAUGUUCUACUGAUAAAAACAACAGUUUGUGCAUCAUGAUUAA